AUCAACGUUUCAGUAACAUCCCCUUUUCCGCCAUCCUCCUCUCCAACCCCAACCUACCCAACAGAUCUCCCCAUCUCUCUCUCUCUCUCUCUCUCUCUCUCUCUCUCUGUGAAAAUGGCAGAAGAUAGAGAAUCCACGUCUACUGCAGGGGGUGGUCAAGAUGACCCUGUCAACGAUCCCGAAGAUCCUGCUAAGUCCCCUCCUAAUUCCCCCAAUUCUUCCACUCGCAAGGCUUGCUAUGCUGUUCUCCAAAGUUGGGUUUCAAAGAAGUUCAUGACUGGAUGUGUGGUUCUCUUUCCUGUAGCUGUGACAUUUCUUGUCACAUGGUGGUUUAUUCAGUUUGUUGAUGGUUUCUUCAGUCCCAUAUAUGAAAGGCUUGGCAUUAAUAUAUUUGGCCUUGGAUUUGUAACAUCAUUAGUUGUUGUAUUCUUUAUUGGUAUAUUUGCCUCAUCAUGGGUGGGUGGCACUGUUUUCUGGGUCGGUGAAUGGUUUAUAAAGCGAAUGCCCUUGGUAAAACACAUAUACUCGGCCUCCAAGCAAAUUAGUGCUGCUAUUUCUCCAGACCAAAAUACCACAGCUUUUAAAGAGGUUGCAAUCAUCCGCCAUCCUCGUAUUGGUGAAUAUGCAUUUGGUUUUAUCACAUCAUCAGUUGUUCUUCAGGGAAAUAAUGGGGAUGAAGAAUUAUGCAGUGUUUAUGUCCCAACAAAUCAUUUAUACAUUGGCGACAUAUUUCUUGUUAAUUCCAGGGAGAUCAUAAGACCAAAUUUGUCCAUUGGAGAAGGCAUAGAGAUCAUUGUUUCUGUGGGGAUGACAAUGCCUCAGAUGAUUGCUCCAAUUGAAAGGAUUCCUCGUCAGAAUGAUCAGAUACCUCUAAACAGAAUGAUGUAAAGAGGAGACUUUGUUUAGCACGUGCAGUGAAAUUUCUUUGAUUUCGCAUCCAGUUGAUCACAUUCUUGUAGAUUUUGAAGACAUACAUUUGGAAAGAAUGGUUGGUUGAAAGGGUGUAGUUAGUUGUGAGGCUUUGUGUAGUUCUAAUAUGGUUGAAGCAUAUUACUUAUUUGGGGAAUAUAGUUCUCUCUCUUCAGCAACAACUUUAUUUUAGUCACACUGCCUUAUGUAUGUUCAUGUAAUCACUUUUGUAGAAGGAAGUGCAGAUAUUGUAGAAUCAUAUUCAAUAUUCAAUGUUCUACUGCUCUCUCUCUCU